AUGGCCGCCUCGACUGUUACCCAGCCCAUGUCCAAGUCGGCCAAGAAGAAGGCUGCCAAGGCCAUCGAGCGCACCAAUUCUCCCGCUCCUAGCACUGCAUCUGGUGCUGCCUCUGCGGACAAGGCCGAUGACAGCUUUGAGAGCCCGUACAUCAAGGAGCUGCAGAAGUACAUCCGCAACAUAAACAAAAAGAUUGUAAACGCCACGAAAACCGAUUCCCUUCUAGCUGAGCACAAAGGCAAAACCCUCGACGAACUGGUUGCCGCCAAGAUCCUCAACAACGACCAGAAGGCCCAAAUUAUCAAGAAGCCUAAUCUGCAGGCGCAGCUGGCGCUCCUCGAGGAGCAACUUGCUCAAUAUCAGAGAGUGCAUGACCAGUAUGCGGCCCAGGCUGCUGCUGACAAGGCCGAGUUCGAAAAGACAAUUCUCAAGGUCAAGGCCGAAGUGGCUGCGGAAGCCAAGCAGGCCUUUGAGCAGAGCUUCCAGAACGACCUCCUCCUGUUGUCACAGUUCCUCCGCUUAGCUGCAUACCGCCGGGAGGAAGGCAGGGACACGGAGUCGGAUCAAGCCCAGGCUAUUGAAGGUGUCCUGCUCGCCAUAUACUCUGGAGAUAGCUCUGCUGUAGCUGCCAUGGUGAAGUUGUUGCAGGGAUCAGACGAGAAAGUCAUCAGCGUUCCCGGAGAGACGCUGGAAUCAACUUACUCUGAAAUCGGUGCGCUAGCUAAGGGCUACACUACAACAGGUUAUACCGAAACCACACAGACGGUGGAAACGGGGACGGAGGACUCCGCUCCUGCGGCCAGCACUGUUGCGGAGGCCGAUGUGGCGGAGGCCAAUGUGGCGGGAAUUGAAGCUGGCGCUGAGGCUCUGACUAUCAUCGAAGCUACUCCAAAUGGGCUGGCUAAUGGCAAUGACUUGUCCAUUUCGCAAGAAUGGGUGAAUGUCAAGGCUCCUCAGGAUGCAGCCGCCGAACCUGCUGUACCAGUAGAGGCCCAAGGUGGUCGAUCUUGGGCUGAUGAUCAGCCCGAAGUGAGCACCGCUGCUGCUCCUGGACACGCGCAGACGACUGAUGAUUUCCAUCCGGUACAGCGCAAUAGGGGCCGUCAUGACCGUGAGGGAAGUGGCAAUUUUCGUGGCCGCGGCCGUGGAGAAUAUCGCGGCCGAGGUGGUCGCGGUGAUGGUCGGGGUAGGGGAAGAGGCAACAAUCGGAACACGAACCCGGGAGGUGCUGCCCCUCGACCCCCUCGUCAGGAGGGACAGUAA